AUGGCCUCGCCGCUGCUCAGGCCACAGUCUCACGUCGUCGCCGCCGCCGCCCUGCACUCCGUGAGGAGAGCCGAUCGCCAUGGCCGCUGCCCCGCGACAGUACACCAGCUCGGCAGGUUCCAUGACCACGGGUGCAGCAGGUCCGGCCGUUCUAAGAGAUCCGGUUCAGUGAAGGUGAGCGCCUUCCCGUCGCUGGACGUGGUGCCGCUGAUGGUGACGAUGGUGGAGCACGUGGACAUGUCGCGGGACUACGUCGUGACCAAGUCCAUCUGGCAUCUCAGCGACGCAGCUCUCAAGAGCGUUUAUACCUUCUACGCCAUGUUCACGGUGUGGGGCGUCUGCUUCUUUGCGUCCAUGAAGGAUCCCUUCUACGACAGCGACACGUACAGGAGCGCGGGUGGAGAUGGAACCGUGCACUGGUACUACGAUAGGCAAGAGGACCUGGAGGCGUCUGCGAGGGAGGAGCUGCUGCGGGAGGAGCUGCUCGAGGAGAUUGAACAGAGGGUUGGGGGCCUCAGAGAGCUGGAGGAAGUAGUCACAAAGUGA